GAGCAAAUGAGAUAGAAACAUGGCAUUACUGAUGAUGCUGAUGACCUGUUUUAUGGCCAUUUUUGCUCAUUCUCAGCCUUGCCAGACUCCUGAUGACUUUGUGGCUGCUACCUCUCCAGGACACAUCAUGAUUGGAGGUUUGUUUGCCAUUCAUGAAAAAAUGCUGCCCUCGGACAAUGAUCCCAGACGACCAGAAAUCCAGAAGUGUGUUGGCUUUGAAAUAUCCGCUUUUCUUCAGACUCUUGCCAUGAUACAUAGCAUCGAGAUGAUUAAUAAUUCCACAUUGUUAUCUGGAGUGAAACUGGGCUAUGAAAUAUAUGACACUUGUGCAGAAGUCACAGUGGCAAUGGCAGCUGCUCUGAGGUUUCUUUCCAAGUUCAACUGCUCCAGAGAAACCCUGGAGUUUAAGUGUAACUAUUCCAGUUAUUUACCAAGGGUGAAGGCUGUUAUAGGUUCUGGCUACUCAGAAAUAACCAUAGCUGUCUCCAGAAUGCUGAAUUUACAGCUUAUGCCACAGGUGAGUUAUGAAUCAACUGCAGAAAUUCUAAGUGACAAAAUUCGCUUUCCUUCCUUUUUACGGACUGUGCCCAGUGACUUCUAUCAAACUAAAGCAAUGGUUCACCUGAUUAAAAAAUCCGGAUGGAACUGGAUUGGCAUCAUAACCACAGAUGAUGACUAUGGACGACUGGCUCUCAACACUCUUGCAAUUCAGUCUGAAGGAAAUAAUGUAUGCAUAGCCUUCAAAGAAGUUCUCCCAGCCUUCCUCUCAGAUAAUACUAUAGAAGUCAAGAUCAAUCAGAUUCUUGAGAAAAUCUUAGCAGAAGCCCAAGUCAAUGUCAUUGUGGUAUUUUUGAGACAAUUUCAUGUUUUCAUUCUCUUCAACAAAGCCAUUGAGAGGAAUAUAAAUAAAAUCUGGAUUGCUAGUGAUAAUUGGUCGACUGCCACAAAAAUUACUACCAUUCCUAACAUUAAAAGGAUUGGCAAAGUUGUAGGGUUCACCUUUAGAAGAGGGGAUAUGUCCUCUUUCCAUUCCUUUCUGGACAGUCUGCAUAUGCGCCCCACUGACAAGAACAAACCCGUAAGAGAGUACAUCAUGCUCUUGUCUGCCUGUGCAUAUGCCAAGGGCAGUGACUUCAGUCAAUGCAUUUCCAAUCAUUCUCAGGGGAAUAUGGCCUACAUGGCUGACAAGGAUAUGGAAAGAAACUUCUCCCUACGAAAUGACUUCCUGUGGGAUUACACUGAGCCUGGACUUGUUCACAGUAUUAAGCUUGCCGUGUUCGCCCUUGGUCAUGCCAUCCGGGAUCUAUGCCAAGUUCGAGAGUGUCAGAACCCCAGUGCCUUUCAACCAUGGGAGUUACUUGAUGUGCUGAGAAAUGUGACAUUCACUGAUGGUGGAAAUUCAUUUCAUUUUGAUGCCCAUGGGGAUAUGAAUACUGGGUACGAUGUUGUACUCUGGAAGGAGAUUCAUGGUCACAUGACUAUCAUCAAUAUGGCACAAUAUGACCUGAAGAAUGAUGUCUUCAUCAUCACAGACCAAGAAACAAAAAAUGAGUUCAAUAAUCUUAAGCAAAUUCAAUCGAAAUGCUCCAAGGAAUGCAGUCCUGGGCAAAUGAAGAAGACUACAAAAAGUCAGCAUAUCUGCUGCUAUGAAUGUGUGAACUGUCCUGAAAAUCACUUCAGUAAUCAGUCAGAUAUGGACCACUGCCUUCUAUGCAACAAUGAAACUCACUGGGCCCCCGUACGGAGCACAAUGUGUUUUGAAAAGGAAGUCGAGUAUCUCAACUGGACCGACCCCUUAGCUAUCCUGCUCCUGGCCCUCUCCUUCCUGGGAAUUGUGUUUGUUCUGGCCAUUGGCAUACUAUUCACAAAAAACCUGAACACACCAGUGGUGAAGUCAUCUGGGGGGUUGGCAAUCUGCUAUGUAAUCCUCCUCUGUCAUUUCCUCAACUUUGCAAGUGCCAGCUUUUUCAUUGGAGAACCCCAGGACUUCACCUGUAAAACCAGGCAGACACUAUUUGGUGUGAGUUUUACUCUCUGUGUUUCCUGCAUUUUGAUGAAAUCUCUGAAAAUUCUGCUAGCCUUUAGCUUUGAUCCGAAGCUACAGAACUUGUUGAAAUGUCUCUAUAAGCCAAUCCCCGUUAUCUCCACUUGCACGGGCAUCCAAGUGGUCAUAUGUACGCUCUGGCUAGUCUUUGCAGCACCUGCUGUGGAGGAAAACAUCUCCUUACCCAGAGUCAUUAUCCUCCAGUGUGAAGAGGGAUCCAUUCUUGCAUUUGCCGCCAUGCUGGGCUAUAUUGCAAUUCUUGCUUUCAUUUGCUUCCUAUCUGCCUUCAAAGGCAGGAAGUUACCGGAGAAUUACAAUGAAGCCAAAUUUAUAACAUUUGGCAUGCUCAUUUACUUCAUCGCUUGGAUCACAUUCAUCCCUGUCUAUGUGACCACCUUUGGUAAAUAUUUGCCAGCAGUGGAGAUUAUUGUUAUUUUAAUAUCUAACUAUGGGAUCCUGUGCUGCACAUUUUUCCCCAAGUGCUAUGUUAUUCUCUGUAAGCAAGAGACAAAUACAAAAUCUGCCUUUCUCCAGAUGAUUUACAGCUACUCUUCCCACAGUGCAGAUAGCCUUGCUGUGAGUCAUGUUUCUCUGGACUCCACCAGUAGCAAUAUGACAACCACCAAUCCUAGCUCCAGUGACAAGUGCGCAGCCUGGCAGAGAAGCAAAGAUCUUCAUGCACAAGCACUAGCACGCAUGUGCAGAGAAAAGGCUACUAGUGGAUCUAAAACUUUGCCUCGGAAAAGAAAUUCAAGUAUAUGAAUGAGUCCUUAAGAGAUGACACAUUCCACAACGGAAUGUAUGUAGUAUCUUGUGUU